UACGCGAUGAUUCCGUCCAAUCGGACGACCACCUAAAAGCUGUGAACAAGCACCUGACCACGAUCAAGAGACACAACAAGAGUUUGCAGGACUCUAAUAAAGCGAAUGGCAUUGGUGUAGACGUAAAUUAUCGAGACCAGGUGCUAGCAGAGAUCGAGAACUUGCUAAAGCAACUUGCAAGUGAAGAGCCAGCAAAAGACACUUUGAUAGCACUCGAGACGAACGAAGCACCUGACAAUGUGCCUAAUCCUGUUCUCGAGACAGAUCAAGCACCUGGUGAUACUCCUGCUCUUGAAUCUACCUCAAGGACCCGGACUCAGUCUCCUAUACAGAAAUCUUCUCUUGGCCAGUUGACAGACAAGAAUCUGCUCGAUCUAGACAUAGAUUCGAUGUCACUAGAUAACGACCGCGUUGAGCCUUUCGCAUACGGGAAUGGUGAAACGGAAUACGGACCGUUGGUAGCAACUCGCGCUUCAAUUUCCGACAAUCCCAGAUUCCAUCGCUUUAUCAUCAACGCUGGUAUAGGAGAAGAGAAAUGGGAGUACUUCAGGGUAAUCAAGGGAACUGACCUAGGUCCAGGAGGUGCUGAGAGUAUGCCGCAAGACAAAGUGAUCAAUUUCAAUAUAAAGGAAAGGAAGAAAGGCCUUAAGGAUAACCCAUUGAUAGGGAUCGGUCCCUGUGUCGUCAUGCCACGCGCAGAAGGCUAUGUUAGUCGCGCCGGCGCAAAGCAGCGUCAGCCUGAUACUUACGUCCGCGUUGCGUAUAAGGGGAUUACACAGGCCGAUUGCCUAAGCAAAACCGAGUUCAUCCAACUCGCUGGGAAAAAGUAUGCAGAAAAGCACUUAGCGAUCAUGAUCCCAGCCUACCACAAACGACAGCAGUACUUCAAGGCGUGCAAGGCACAAAGAAGGCAUCCUAAGACAAAGCUCCCUUUGACUUCGGAGGACUUUGAAAGCCACCCAUGGCUGUUUCCAGAUGAUGAGAGGAUGAUCAAGCGGCCCGAAGAGAAUGAUCCUAUGGAGGUUGACGACGACGACGAAUCUGUGAUUGAAAAUGUCAAGGUCAACGUAGGAGAUAUGCCAGAUGUAGAGUCGCGUGAUCCAUUUAAGAAGAAGAGAGCUGUUCUUCCACUGAGCGGCUCAGCAGGUUCAGAAUACUAG